AUGCGCAAGCCACUACUGGCGUCCGCGGCGCCCGCUCACAAUUCGUCACUGUUUGGCGAGUCGACUAAGGGUGCGGACCACACGGUCUACCAGCGACGUCCUCGAGAUUAUAAGGCCACCACUUUGAUCACGCGUUUAUCUAGAGAUAAGGCGCCGAGUGUGGGCUCAAUCCCAAAGGUGUAUCGAAGACGGAAGAGAAGCAGCCGUCGUGGGAGUUUUGCCGCAGGCGACCGACAGUGGACGAGGUGCCUCGCAGGGAGUUUCCUCGCCGAGUCGUGCGUCGGGCCCCGCUGCGCGUUGCCGUCCCUGAGCUACGAGGGUACCGACUCCUACAGCAUGAUUACAAGACGAUUCUCUGGAGAAAUCACGCUGAGGGCACGCCACCGGGCUGCAGACCGGGGGAAGCGGCCGUAUCAGUGCCAACCGUUCGCCAGCAAAAUCGGUUCGGGUCGCGGCCUGGCCAGCCGGAUCAGCCGAAGCAGCAGGGCAAGAGAGAUCUCGCAUCUGAAAAUCGACACGCGCAGAUUCCGAAAAGUUCCGAGAGAUGAAGCGGCGCUGCGGUGGAUCGAGAAUCCUGCGAAGUGUGCGGAUCUACCUACCGAAAUUCGAAGCGCGCAGGCGCCUGCGCGGCGGCUCGAGCCGGCCGGCGUGGGACCGGGGCUCCUCACUGUUCGGUGA